AUGCUGGCGAUCCGUGACGAAAACGCAGUCAACGCAGCCCAGGCUGCUAGACUUGCUCCCGGAAAGAGCCAGCUGGCUCCCAAGACCCCUGGGGCUCGAUACCCGAAAACACCUUUGAAGAUCCCUCUCAAUGACGAGAAUGCCGUUGGGGCGGGCAAGACGGUGCUUGCACCCAAAUCAAAUGCGAAUGGACCCAUCCAGGCUUCUGCCAAGAAACAGAAUCUUAUUACACCCUCCGAAACACGAGCUCGCGCGCCACUGGGAAACAAGACCACCAACGCAAAAGCUAAGAGCAACCAGAACGCUGGCGUAAAGGAUAUCGUCAAGGAGUUUGAAAAAACCCAAACAAAGCCCACGACUACAAGGAAGCUGAAGCAGCGCUCUCCCAGUGCUGCACCCCUCAAGCUUGAAGUUCGCAACGAUCAACCCGGUUCUUCUGAGGAACCUGAUGUCGAAUAUGCGCCUCCACCUGCCAAAGAUUUGCCCUACGAGUCGGAUGUCAUCCCCGAUGGGACAUUAACUUUUGAGGGUCUCAAACCCGAAAACAUGCUCAAGGGAUACUACAACCAUUUUUACAAUCCUCUGGGGGAAGAUGGUAUCAGACUACGCGACAGGCAACAGCAGGAUAAGCUGAAGAAGGCGCUGAAGGAGAGCGACAACCGCAUUCUACGCGAUAUUCGGGAAAUGGAUUGGUCGGUUUCUGACGUCCCUGAGACUGCUGCUUUCAGUCAGAGGAAGGCUCCUGUCCCAGCCCCUAAUCCUGCUGUCGCUCGAAAGACUGUCGGGGGUGCUAUCAAGUACCCGCCCACCAUCGCUUCUCGCAGAGCUGCGUCGGCACUGUCGAUGGCUACAGGCUCUACCAUUAAGCAGAGGAAGCCCGUGGAGCAGAGCACUAGCGCCAGGAGACCUAUUUCCGCCUUCCUUCCCCGAACUAGGCCUGCCAAAGCGCCCCUAACUUCUAAGUCUACAAACGCUGAGAGUGCUGUGGGAGAAGCCGCAUCGAGGAGCACUCUGGGCUACACAAAAGGACGCUCAGCCUCAUCCCUUGUCAGCAGACGCGCCAGAACCCCUACGACGGCACGAACUGUAUCGACAGAUAUUGUGACCAUUGUUCCCCAAAAGUCUGUGGCUAGGCAGGAAGCGUCCCCCCAGAAGCGGAACAUUGGUGAAGAAGAUGCCCAGGAUCUAGGUCGCCUCCAGUUUCUUUCAAUUUUUGAUCAUACUGGAGAUGAGGAUGAUGGUAUUCUUGGUGGCUCCGGUCCACGACAAGAGGACUUUGAGGAUGAGGAGUUUGAAAUGAAGCUAAGCUUCUAA